AUGAUGGCUUUAGUGUUUAGGGCGGUGGUACAAUUAGUUGGAAUUUCAUUAUCCUUGCUGGGAUGGGUUUUAUCCUGUCUUACAAACUACCUGCCGCAAUGGAAGAAUUUCAACCUGGACUUAAAUGAAAUGGAAAACUGGACCAUGGGGCUCUGGCAAGCCUGUGUCGUCCAGGAGGAAGUGGGGAUGCAGUGCAAGGACUUCGAGUCUUUCCUGGGUUUGCCUGCUGAGCUCAGGAUCUCCAGGGUUUUAAUGUUCCUCUCGAAUGGGCUGGGGCUCCUGGGCCUGCUGGUGUCGGGCUUUGGCCUGGACUGCUUGAGGACUAGAGAGACACAGUGGGACGUCAAGAAGCGGCUGUUGAUCCUGGGAGGAAUUCUGUUCUGGACAGCGGGCGUCACAGCCCUCGUUCCCGUCUCUUGGGUGGCCCACGUGACAGUGCAGGAGUUCUGGGACGAGCGCAUCCCCGAGAUUGUGCCCAGGUGGGAGUUUGGAGAGGCCCUCUUUAUCGGCUGGUUUGCUGGAUUUUCUCUCCUGCUAGGAGGGUGUCUGCUGAACUGGGCUGCCUGCAGGACCCAGGCUCCCCUGGCUUCCGGCCACUACACAGUGGCAGAAACGCAGCCUCACCGUCUACAUCUGGAGAUGAAAACCACUCACCUGAAACUCUAA